UUUUUAAUGGAAAACCACAAAAGAGAGAAAAGCGGCACUGUUCGACAGAUGGACGGUGACAGGGAUUGUUUGUUGUCUUCACAUAAGGACAUGGGGAAAACUAGUUCAGUGUCCUCGGCUUCAUUUAAUUUAAUCAAUUCCAUUAUAGGAUCCGGAAUUAUAGGUCUGCCAUAUUCCUUGAGUCAGGCCGGUCUGCCAAUGGGUCUCCUGCUGCUUAUUCUGGUUGCCUUCAUCACAGAUUACUCCAUCAUCCUGCUGGUCAGAGGUGGGAAUCUGUCUGGGACUCACAGUUAUCAGUCUCUGGUUCAUAGCACAUUCGGCCAGAUAGGAUAUUUGAUCGUGUCAGCUCUACAAUUUCUUUACCCAUUCAUCACAAUGAUCAGCUACAACAUCAUCACAGGUGAUACGCUGACCAAAGUGUUUAUGAGAAUCCAAGGAGUUGGUCCUGGAAACAUUCUUACAGAGAGACAUUUUGUAAUUCUGAUGUCCACGCUUCUGUUUACACUCCCGCUGUCUCUCUAUAGAGAUAUAGCAAAGCUGGGAAAGGUAUCUUUAUUGUCCAUGCUUUUGACUCUUGCCAUCCUCAUCACAGUGGUCGUGAGAGCAGCGACACUAGGACCACAGAUACCUGCGUCAGAUGAUGCAUGGGUGUUUACACGGUGGAAUGCAAUUCGGGCAGUUGCCGUCAUGUCUUUCGCUUUUAUCUGCCACCACAACAGCUUUAUGAUCUACGGGUCGCUGCAGGAGCCCACGCUGAGCAGCUGGUCUCUUGUCACUCAUGUAUCUGUGGGCUCAGCCGUACUGGUCAGUGCUGUCUUUGCCGCUGCAGGUUAUGCGACUUUUACUGAUUAUACACAAGGUGAGGUAUUUGAGAACUACUACAGAAAUGAUAACUUGGCUACAUUCGGUCGAUUCUGCUACGGUGUCAGUAUGAUCACCACAUUCCCUCUGGAGUGCUUUGUAACCCGUGAGGUGAUCUCCAAUGUGUUUUUUAAAGGAGAGCUCAGUAACACCAGCCACGUCAUCAUUACCUUGGUGAUCAUAUCAGCAGCGACUGCCAUAUCGCUCUCUUAUGACUGUCUGGGUAUUGUACUGGAACUAAAUGGGGUUUUGAGCGCCAUACCUCUCAUGUUCAUCUUCCCUUCCGCCUGUUUCCUGAAGCUCUCGGACGGCCGCUGGUUUCGUGGUGAAAACCUCAUUUCCAGCAUCAUCCUGGUGGCGGGUGUCUGUGUGAUGAUAAAUUUCAGUAGAUGUUUAUUGAUUUCAGUCACUAUUGGCCUAUGUCCCAGAGGUUGA